AUGCAUCAUAUGCUUGCUGGCGCUUCGGCGCUCUUCCUCCUGGCAUCGGAGGUGACUGGCCUCACGGUCCCGGCUAGGGAGAUAACUGCUCGUGAUCAAACCUUCCGCGCCAAUAAUGGAGAGCAAUUCGCUGUCGAGUCCGGCUUCGACUACCAUGGCGGCGAUUAUCGGAUGGUCACGGCUAAUACCUUUCAUGAUUGCAUCAAUAUCUGCUCGACACAGGCGGCCUGCCAUGCAGUUUCUUACAGGGACAAAUUCUGUUGGCUCAAGUCCACCGUAAAUGCUGCCACCGCCAAUAGCGAAGUGAGCGGCGCGGUUCGGUUACAAUAUGUGCCGGCGCCGAUUGCAUGCCCGGCGGAUGGAAGCAAUCGGAUCAAGGAGACGGAUAAUAAGCAAUUCACUAUCCAAUGCGGUACCGAUCACCCUCAUGGCGAUAUCAAGUCUAUACCAACACUUGACUUUCCUAACUGCAUCGACCUCUGCGAUCAAACAGCCGGGUGCAUCGCCGCUAGUUGGCGCUUUGGCACUUGUUAUCUGAAGAAGACUCUGGAACCGGCUGUUUCUAGCUCCUGGGUUGAUACUGCUGUGUUAAGCUCGCAGUUAACAUCCCCGACUUUCUGCCCAGGACCAGACGGUCAGCAGAUCAGGGAGGCUAGCGGAAGAAGCUUCACCGUUACCUGCAAUACCGACCGUGUGGGUGGUGAUCUUGCGAACAAGCCCUUGGCUGAUAUUGGCAGCUGCAUUUCUUGGUGUGAUGAGACGAAUGGUUGCGUGGCCGCUGUCUAUCGUGACGGGCGGUGCUGGCUGAAGAAUAAGCUCACAGCCGCGUCUAUAUGCACAAACAGUCAAAUCGCUGUGCUAAGUUCAUUAAGCAGCCCCCCUGCACUUUGCCCGUUCCAAAAUGGUAAACAGAUUAAAGAAUCUAGCGGAAAAAGCUUCACCAUUGCUUGCAACACAGAUCGACCAGGCAAUGACUUGGCGACAAAGUUUCUCGAUAACUUCAAUGAUUGUAUUACCUGGUGUGAUCAGACAAGUGGUUGCGUCGCUGCUGUGUACCGCAAUGGUCAAUGUUGGUUGAAGAAGACGCUAUCAACUUCUUCUACACGUAUGGACUGUCAGGUUGCCGUGUUGAGCAGCAAGCUUCCACAAACAUCGACAGCAAAAACAUCAAUACAUAGCACAACAACAUCUACACAAAAGACCACGUCGACUACAAAGAUCGUUACUUCAUCAAGCAUAAAAGUCACGACCUCAUCGAGAACAGGAGUCACAACAUCAUCUACAACGGGGGUUGCAACUACAACAUCUACAUCCACGAGCACACAGUCUACAGAUAAAUCUAGCUCUGGCUCUGCUACUACGGGUGCUAGCACAAACACUGCCGCUUCCACGGCCACUGGAUCGACUGAGGCCACAUCUUCAUCAAAAUAUGCCACAUCUACAUCAACGGAUUCCCCAGCUACCUCGGCGCAAAGCUUAGCUCAGAACACCAUUACGACGAAUGUUUCAGCUCCGCCCGGCACCCUUCAGACACCAACUGGACCUAUUACUCUCGAAGCACAACCGACUGCCACUCUUAAGCCUCUAGCACCCCCAAACCUCGGCUUGGCUGGAACUGAUCCAAUAACCCCUCAGGCAGUUGCUCAGCUCUGGUUCGGUAGCUUGUCUCCAGCAUCGAACUCUUCAAAUGCGACUACCUUUCCGACUGUCCGAGUCAACGUCACGUUCACGUACCCGUCGGUCAUUAUUGAUAACUCUGUCGAUAUCAUCAAUAUCCAAUGCAAUUCACAGAGCCUAACCGCUAAAUUCAACACUACGGCAGCAUAUAAUACUGCCAAAACCUCCUGGGCAGCGGCUAAGGGCAGUGCGAACAGCCUUAUUAUCAUUACUGCUGCGCCUGGUUGCAGCUCUGAUGGCCACUAUGUGUAUUUUGUGGCAAAAUCAAUCGCUUUUGACAAUGCAUCGAAUUCUGUCACCUGUUCUGGAGAUAUCGAAUCUGUCGCUGACAUUGCAACAGAAGUUGGCGUAGACAUGGGUUCGCUCUCAAGCUCUUCGCCUAGCACAGGUUCUGAGCUCGAGGCGACGUAUGGUUGCAUGUCACCUAGCUCAGCUGAUAUUGAUGGUCUUCCAGCUAUUUACUGUGGUCCUGACUUCGAUGAGAGACUGGAUGAUUAUCUUGGAUACUAUUCUGGUGAUGAAAGUGAUCUUAAUGCAGGCUACACUUCAAGCUCUGGCACCCGGAGUAACACCACCGAGCCCCUCUACGACCGACAGUCAGAACGCGCUGCAACGCAGGCGGUCACCACAGUUGUUAAGGUAGUGGCCCCCGUACUGCAGCAUGUUGAAUCUGCUGCGGAGGAACUUGCUCAAGAGGCGGAGCAAACCAUUGGAGAAAUCGCCAGUGAUCAGUUGGCCUUUGUUGAGGCAAUGGCAAAGAACGAUGAAGCCCUCGCUGUGUUCCUUGCAACAGGCAACUAUGUCAACUCGUUCAACAUCCCAUUUAAUAUGGGACCACCUCCCGUUAUGCUGGAUACCUCUCCUUGGGGAGAAGGCUUCAAGUUCUACGAAUGGACCCCAGAUAAAGGAGGCGAGUUUUGGGAUGCUCAGGAAGCUGCUAUCGACAAGAUCAAGGGGGUUAUACUUGGAGACGCAGAUCCAGAGCCUAGCAUUGAGCUCUGGUGCGUCAACUGUGGUGUCAAUGGUAACUUCAAGGUCACAGGCAGCUUCCACUAUACUAUAGCUAGUGGCCUCACUGAGGGUCAGAUCGUCAUGCAGGGCAACCUUAAUGCUGGCCUCUUCCUUGGACUGAAUGCCUUUGCAGAGUGGGAUCCAACCAAAGAAUAUGACUUCGUCACAGAGGGCCUGCCUGGUUUCGCUAUUCCUGAUAUUAUUUCUGUCGGUCCCUCUCUUGCUCUUGGAAUCUCGGUUGAUCUGGAUAUUCAAGCAGUUGGGCAGUAUCUUGUAGGUGCUAGCUUGACUUGGCCAGCCCUUUCUGCAACGCUUGACUUUGUUCAUCACGCCAACUCUCAACAGUCUGGCUGGGUUCCGAGAGUCGGUGAUAGAGUCCAAGCUGAUGGUAGUUUGACUGUGUCUUCAACCCUUGGUCUCCCUAUCACCCUCGGCUUUGGCAUAAAUGUUUUAAACGGCAAAUAUUCCAAAGAGAUAAAACUUGUUGAUACUCCAGGAAUUCAGGCCAAAUUGGAAUAUGAUUUCACUAAUGAGCUUACCAACGGCUCGUUCAAUUCUACUCCCCAAGAUGGGUGCUACGGUAUCGCAUGGGAUAUUGGACUGGUCAACUCUGUGGUGCUAGAUCUCAGUGAUCUUGAUGAAGGGACUUACACCUUGGAACAGUGGGAUGGCCCUGUUUUUGCCUCCGGCUGCAUUGGCGAAUUGGCUCCCUCAGCUACGAGCACAGCGUCGACUGGUGUAGCUACAGCCACCAGCACAUCAACUCCCCCUCCGCACUAUCCAGACUGCGCUACUUAUACGUGCCCCGACUACGACUCGCGUUAUUGCAUGUCGAACGGCAAGGUCUUCGAGCUCAACUGUCUGGAUAUCGUUUCGGGUACUGCCGUCGCCACGUCGUGCGUCUCAACCUCGGCCGAGUGUUUCGAAAGUUGCGCCGAAAAUGACUGCACUGCUGUCAACUUCAACACGAAUAACCUUGAGAAUUGUCUCAGUGGCGUCCCUGGAUAUUAUCCCUGUUGGAACUUCGGCGGCGCGACCUCUUGGGUCCCAGGUGGUGCUGCCACUGGCGACUGGGGCUUUGUCGAGGUGCCAAUGCCCGCUUUCCCAGACUGCUCUACCCUUGCCUGCCCUGACAACCAUGACGCGUACUGCAACUCCUUUGGCCAAGUUUUCCAGCUCAACUGUGAUUCUAUCGUUUCAGGUGAUGCCAUCACCAAGUCGUGCGCCACAACCUCUGCCGAGUGUUUCGAAACUUGCGCUCGAUCAGACUGCAGCGCUAUCAACUUCAACUUGAACAACCUUGAGAAUUGCCUCAAUGGCGUCCCUGGAUUUUAUCCCUGUUUUAACUUUGCCAGCGGAAGCACUUGGGUCCCAGGCGGUGCUGCUACUGGCAACUUGGGCUAUGUCCAGGCUAACCCGCCAACCAAGCGUGCUGUUGUUCACAAUAGGUCGGCUCCUACCGCUACACCGUCCCCAUCAUCAUCGACGGACGAUUUCUCCAAUAUCACCAUCACUGACGCCACUGGUCAGUUGCUAGUCAACCCCCAUGUAAAUGGCAGCCUUUUUAUCUCUGCAUCCAGUAGCACAGAGCCGCUGACAAACCUGACCAACGGUAUAUCCUUCGUGGCCGAUGUCAGCCAAAGCGCUGUCAUGGGCGACUCAUUAGAUCGGUUGUUGUAUUAUUUCCCAGACACUGUCGCCGCUGUGAACGCAUCACGCCUACGCCUUGGCAGCUGGGGUAACAUUCCCCAAGGUGCGGAGCUUGUCACACUCCUCCCAACGGCCACCAGCUCAGGACCGGUCGUCCUGGUUGCCCUUGACUCAAGUGGGUUGGUCUUGUACCCCUUUGUCUGCACAAUUGAGGGCCAGCUCAACAAGGUUUUCCUCGUCAACGACGCAUCAUCUGGCUCAUCCGUCUUGAUGAACCCAGACCUGACCUACACUAUCAUCGGCGGUGUGGCGCAAAACUGCGCUUCUCUGUCUAUGGUAGCCUCGGAUCUUCCUGCUUUCGGUUCAACAGCGUCAACCAAGACUUGA